AUGGAAUAUUAUUUACAUUCUUUUUUACAAUUACUACAGUGUUUUAAAAAUCAAUUAUCAAGACUCUUACCUAAUAAUAAAAGUUCAUUAACAAAAUGGUUUGAUGGAAUUAAUUCAUUUAAUAUUGGAUUUAGUGUAUGUACUAUUGUAUCAAAUAUUGUGUUAUUAGUUUAUUGUGAAAUAUUAUGGCAGUAUCAAGGAUGUUUUGUACUUGAAGCAUCAUAUACAUCUACAAUAUUUGAAAUAAUGUUUGGAUUUGAAUCAAGUGUUCAUUUUCUUUUAUGUGGUAUAUCAAUGAUAUUUUUUAUUCUUCAUUUACAUGAAAUAUUUAAAACAUUUAUUGAUGUUGAAUUUAAAAAGAUUAAAAGAAGAGAAAUGAUUUGUAGUUUUAUUCUUGUAUUUUCUUUCUUUUGUCGUUGUGUUUUUAAUUUAUUAUUUAAUGGUAUUGCUGUCACUAGAAGUGAAGUCCUUGAAAAAGAUGUUUAUGAUUAUCAUAGAGUCUAUGAAGAUUAUAGAAACCAAUUCCUUAAUGGUCCAACUGACUGGUUUAGUAUUAUUGUAACAGCAAUUACACCAUUGGUCACAAUGCAAAUGAUGGUAGACUAUCCUUUUUAG